AUGAAUCUAUACUACUGCAUCCUGGAAGUAAACGGCGUGUGGGGCUUCGUGUGUGACGAUGGCUUCGGCUUCCCAGAGGCAGACUUGGUUUGUCGCGAAAUCGGACACGAAGGCGCUGAGAUGUUUACCAGGAACAACAAGUUUGGCGCAAGUGCUAAAGGGAUCGCGGGCGUUGUGUGUCGUAGUAUCAAAUCGAGGUGUUCCGAUGAGGAGUUCCCUUGUGGAGGCGACAAAACGUGCCUGAAGCGAGAGAAGGUUUGUGAUGGUGAAUCGGACUGUCCCGAUAACAGUGACGAGAAGACGGAACUCUGUGAGCAUGUAGGCGUAGUCCGGCUGAGACCAGGUGACCGGCCCUUCAUAGCCCCGGGGUUGGUCGCCGGGUUGGUGCAGGUGAAGCGCCAAGGGAAGUGGCUGCCUCUGUGUGAUAGUUACCUUCGCGUUAAUGACUCCAAGGUCCUAUGCAAGAACCUCGGCUACACCAACGGAUGGACCCUCCCCUACUACGGCUCCUACCUAGGAGAAGACCCGAGUCCUGUGUCGGUGUCGGUCCGGGAAUGCACGGGGGAGGAGAGCUGGAUCGGCGACUGUCCUUCGCUGAACUGGGAGGAGGAAGACUGUACACCGGAAUCUACCGCUGCCGUAAUGUGUUCUGAUGGGCCAGUGACCGCGAGAAUCGAGGGAGGGAACCCCGAGCGCGGAGGCCUCCUGAAGGUGAAGCUGAAGGGAAGGGAGUGGAACGGCGUCUGCGGGGAUGCGUUCGAUGACCUGGACGCCAAGGUGAUCUGCCGAAUGUCUGGGUACAGAGGAGACGCCUUCGCCUCUCAGGAACCAAGGACCUCACAGGACCCUCUCUGGGACAUCCUCGUCGACUGCACCGGCCACGAAUCCCGCCUGGAGCAGUGCCGCCUGAAGAUCGCUGACGAGGGGUGCACUUCCGUCGCCUCCGUCACUUGUUCCAGGAGGGCAGGAGGGAUAGACACCCAGCUGAGGUCGGUCCUGCCCCCCAACUGCGGCCUGGUGGAGAACUCCUCGAACCUGUACAUCGGUCUCCUGGCGAAAAUCAGAGGGGGAACGACCCCUUCUCAGUUCGAUUCCCCUUGGAAGGUGACUCUGCGUCUGAAGAAGGAGCUCGAAGACGGAGGACGCCUCAUAUGUGGAGGAUCAAUUAUAUCCGAGGACCUAGUACUGACGGCGGCUCACUGCUUUGGGUUCAACGGCGAACAGUCCAUGGUGGUGAGGUCGGGAGAUUUCGACUCGGCCUACGUCGAAGGCAGCUUUGAUGAGGAGUUCGGAAUCGAGCAGGUCUGGAUCCACGAGCAGUACGAAGACACUCAUUUUCAGGACAACGACAUCGCUCUCAUCAGAAUCGAACGCAAAUGGGGGCGUGGCUUCAGGUUCAACAAGCGCGUGCGUCCCUUGUGCAUGCCGAGUGCUGACGCUUCCUAUGAUGACCUUGGCGCAUGCACGGUCUCUGGCUGGGGGAGAACCAUGGUUUUCUCACAGCCGACUCAGAGACCCAAUGAGCUGGAGGUGGGGGUCUAUCCCGACGCCGUAUGUGAGGCCUACUUCGGAACUUACAACUAUUCUUCCUCGUCCGUGUGCGUGGGAACCGAAAACCCAUUCCUGAAGCGUCCCUGUGGAGGAGACUCCGGAGGGGCUCUGGUCUGCAAAAGGGGGAACCGAGACGUCCUCUACGGUAUGGUGUCGGCAGGGCCCUUGUGUGGGGUCUUGUCCUUCAGCCCGGAUGUCUUCACGAGGAUUACGAAAUACAUUAGGUGGAUUCAGGAGAAGGUCGCUCCUUUUGGAUACCGUCCGAGUUUUCAGGAGAGGUUUAAUCCUUUCAGACCUGGAGGGAGCUUUCAGUGGUGACGCGAAGAACUCCGGGUGGACUUCUUACUCAGUGGCGAGCUUCGAGGUGGAUUCGGAUAUCAGGGUCAAGUGAAAAGUGUGUAAUCAGCUAUGAAAUGUGGGUUCAAGGUGUCUGGAAAACAUUUUCAUCGGUAUUUUACAUGCGGGUUUUUCAUCUUUUUGUUGUUGUUUUU